AUGAAGCGUCAAGACAUUCCAAUUACUGUUGUUGUGCCCACCCCAACGCUAGAGACAACGAUACUUGCGACAACGACCGUGGCUAUUCCGGAUGCACCAGGACCUUCAUCGUGCGGCGAGUCGGGCAAUUUCACGCUGACUUUCGAUGACACGGUCACUGGAGACGAUGACAACACUAUACUGCUCGUUGCCAGCGGCAUGAAGAACCCUUAUCACCAUCUCUUCUACGGAAACGGAUACACAUACGUACCUGACAUGUGGGAGCCAUACCCCGCAAUCUCCCAGCCAAACAUCGCCAUGUUCCUGCCUCUGACCGGGCGGCUCCUUCCCAACACGCCUUUCGCGGGCACGAUGCUUCCUGGCGAACUCGGCGCUGGCCCACGAGCUUCAGUCAACGCAUACUGGUUCAACGCGUACUCCGCUCACUUUGGCUGCGCUCUCAACGGUCUCACGCCCUGCACAUUGCGCAUAUCGGGCUACCGCUACGACACCACUCUCCAACAAGAAGUGCUCGUCGCAGAACAAAACGCGACUAUCCCGGCAUGCUGGGGCUACAUCAACUGCCGCCUCACUCAGAUCUUCUUCAACGACGACUUCCGCGCGCUGUCUGGUAUCCAGUUCAAUGCCUACACAUACAAUCUGGGUAUACCGCAAGUGCACAUGAUGGAUGAUCUGCAGAUGGAAUGGUACAACAACACCUGUUCGGCGGGUAUACUACGGAUAGGACACAGCUAG